AUGUUGAAACGUCAGCAAACAGCAUCAAUUGUCAUUAUCAAUGAAUUUUCUAACAAUGGUCAUUCAUUGGCUUCGAACAACACUGAUCCACUUCGAUUCAAUGAAAUUGUAUACACUGCUGCGUGUCAUUCAAAUUAUAUCGAAAUUCCUAGGCGUCAUACGUCUUUUGCUACAUGGUCAAACGAAAAUUUGCCGCCUGUUGAAGAUCUUGUCAAAGCUGGCUUCUUUUAUACUGGUACUAAAACAAUUGUGACAUGCUUUUAUUGUAAUGGGUCAUUGCAAAAUUGGGGCGCAAAUGAUAAUCCAAUGAUUGAGCAUGCCCGUUGGUUUCCACAUUGUGCGUAUGCUAAACAGUUAUGUGGCCCAGAGUUACAUCGGAAGAUUCAAGAAUCGAAACGAGUUCAACAGGAGGAUGACUUCAUCGAUGAUUGCGAUCUUCAUGUAGCGUGUAUAAUUCUUCAAAAACAAAUCGAACGUAUUGAUGGAAAAAAAGAAAAUAUUAUUGUACCCAGUGUAGCUAUGAACAAGAUUCGCGAAGCAGAACAAGCAGCAAUUCAUGCUCGUGAACAGGCUGCAAGUUUAUCAACUCUGAGAAAUAAUACAGCUGAUACGGAUGUUGAAAUGUCAACAUCAUCGGAAACUAUCAGAAGUAAAGUUAAUGUAUCGGAAUCAACAGUUACUGACUCACAAGUGAAAAAUCCAAAAUUGUCUGCGGUAGAUCCUGCUUCACAAAAUCAAACAGAUGAUUCAUUAUCAUCGAAUCGUUGCGUUUUAUGCUUGACGGAAGAAAAGCGUCUUGCUUGCAUUCCGUGCGGUCAUUUGACCACGUGCGUUCCUUGUGGUCAUUCACUGCGCUUAUGUCCUAUCUGUCGUCGUGAAAUUGAGGCUUUUGUUCGCAUAUUCAUUUAG